AUGCCUCAAGUUGUCACCCGAAGAAAUCGCGACGACCCUCUUUCGAACAUUUCGUCUUCACGAUCAGAACACGAAGUGAAGAGGAAGGAACGAUCGCUGACUUCGCGAAUAAGAACAACUGUGAUAUGGACUGGUAUGACGUUGGGUGUCAUUUGGUGGUUUGAAGUUGUUCGCGGAAUCCAUGAAAUCUUAUCAUGGGAUUCACCGUUAGUUUCCCUCUUCUUAACAUCCGUAGUGUGUCUCCUCAUAUCAACUGCGAUCAUGUUUUAUGUCCAAUUCUACCUUCCUUUAGUAUCUCGCACAGCGCCCCCAAACUAUCGUGAUUGGAAGGAGGAUGUAACCCUAAGAAAAUAUAUUCCUGUGGCUACAUUGUUUGGAACAUUCGGUGUUAUUGGGUUAAUAAUAGCUUCAUGGCCCGUGUGGGGAUUUUGGUGUGUAGUGGUUGUGAUAGUACUCCUACGAGGUGGAACGGAAGGAUGGGAUGUGAUUUGGAUUGUUUGGGAAUGGGGCGUAUUGAAGAGGGUGACAAGGGAAAAGGUCAGGAACGAGGACAAUAACGAAAGGGAGAAGCACGACUGA